GAUAUAAACUGUUAAAUAAUUCAACAUGUACUUUUUCAACAGACAGAUUAUUGACUGGAAAAUGGCCCAGAGAAGCCCUAUCUUCCCAACUCUUGCUCAUUCUGAAAGACGGGUUCGAAACCUGCCCCUGCACAGCCAGGCGCUGACAGCGGUGCCGCUGGCGUCCGCCAGCCUCGUGGACCAGCUCGAGGACCGCAUCCUGAGCCAUGAGAAGACGACGGCGGCGCUCGUGGAGCACGCCUUCCGCAUCAAGGAGGACAUCGUCUCCACGCUGCACAGGAUGCAGAACAAGGGCGGCGGCGACCGCCUGGCGCGGCAGCUCUUGGAGGAGCACAUCCGAAACAUCACCGCCAUAGUGCGGCAGCUCAACCGCGACAUCGAGAUGCUGCAGGAGCAGAUACGCGUCAGAGAUAAUCUCAGCUACGGAACAAAUUCUACCCUAAAGAGUCUGGAAAUGCGGCAGCUUUCUGGUUUAGGAGAUCUUCGGGGAAGAGUUGCAAGGUGUGAUGCUGGGUUAGCCAGACUGUCUGCAGAGCAUAAAAUUACGUAUGAAAGACUUCAGAGCCUAAGUAAAGAUCAACACACCUCUAAACUGAUCCUUGAAUCCAAAGUGAAAGAGGCAGAGAUCCAGAUCUCACACCUGCUGAGCCGCGUGGAGCAGGCGGCCCUGCAGCAGGAGGCGCGACUGAAGCUCGCCUACAAGGAGAGCGGCCAGCAGCUCCACCAGCUGGACACCAAAUUAAAAACUGCUAUUGAGGAACUCAGCAGCCAGAUUUUGUCUGCACGUAGCUGGCUUGAACAGGAACAUGAGAGGAUCGAGAAAGAGCUUGUACAAAAACUUGACCAGUUCUCACUGACUGUUAAGGAAAACACUGAAAUGAGUGAAAGGGCUAUAGAAAUGAAAUUCAACCAAAUGUCAGAAAAAAUUGAUAAAAUAGAAGAACUACAAAAGAUAACCACGGAAGCACAUGAAGCGAAACAAACCGAAGAAAAGAUAAAUGUCCGUAUCAGCAAACUUCAAAGUGAGAUUAAUGAAGAUAUAAAAGAAAUGAAAGCUGAAGUUAAUGCUGGAUUUGCAGCUAUCUAUGAGAGCAUUGGGUCUUUACGGCAAGUUCUAGAAGCAAAAAUGAAACUCGACAAAGAUGAACUCCAGAAGCAGAUCCAGCAGGUGAAACAGGAGCUUCCAGCAUGGGCAGAGGCUGGGCCGUGACGGCAGGACUGUGUCCGAGAGCAAC